GGGACAAUACAAUUUUCUCUUGUAAAAUUAUUAUCUUUGAUUUCUUUUUCCCUAGUUUGGCUCUUCGAUUUGUCUAAAGGAGACUUAUGUUUAUUUGUCUAAGAUUAGUUUAAGACUCUCUCUCUCUUUAUGUGUGUGUGUAGUCCCCGUUGACUGAUGUUUGCAUGCAUACAAAGAGUAGACUUUUGAGCUCUCUUUUGGUCUAUCUCUCUCUCUCUAAUCAGUAGGCCCUUAUUUAUGAUCUGUGUUACUCUAACAAUUUGCUCCUAUAAAACGCCAUUUCCGAUCAAUUUAUCGAACUUUGUUUAACAUAUUUCCUUAGCCUAACCUUCAAGUCCUAUUCAAGAAAUCAUCUGUACCAAUUCGAGAUGACGUCCAAGAAAGUGGUGUUGAAAGUAGAAGUUCAUGAUGAGAAAGGGAAGCAGAAGGCUAUGAAGGCAGUUUCUAGCCUACCAGGAAUUGAAUCCCUUGCGAUGGACAUGAAUGAGAAGAAAAUGACAAUAAUAGGGAAUGUGGAUCCAGUAGAAGUGGUGAAUAAAUUGAAGAAAUCAUGUUUCCCACAAAUACUAACAGUGGGGCCUGCAAAAGAGCCUGAGAAGAAGGAUGGUGAAAAGAAAGAAGACAAGAAAGAUGAGAAAAAGGAUGAAAAAAAGGAUGAUGAUAAGAAGAAGAGUGAGAGUGAACAAAUUGCAGAACUCCUCAAAUUGUACAAGAAUUACACUUAUUACUCACCAUACUGCCAUGUCUACAGUGUUGAGGAGAACCCCAAUGCCUGUGCCAUUUCCUGAUUCUCUCUCUGUAUCAUAUCAACAAGGGAUACAUUAUAUAUGUAGUUGUGCAUAGCAUUGUUGACAAUGAAAAUAGUUCUGGAUUUUGUCAUGUAUAGAUAGCAAACAGAGGACAACAGAAAGGAAUAAACUUUCAACUUUUUGUGA